AUGCCAGGCCGAAACCGCGACCAGCGCAUCGUCGUCCGCCAACUCGAGCGCGGCGCCAGCACACCCACCAAGACCGUCCUGGGCACCACCGCCGAACUCAACCAGCACAGGUCUUCGGUGAGCCCCGGUCCCACUUUCCCCUCCCCGCCUCCCCUCCCACUUUUCCCAACACCUCCGCGCGCCCCGUUCAUCGGCUCGCGCCCGCUCCCCCCAUGCGCGUGCUGCGCGCCCUCCCCCGCCCCUGCCCGUACUGUGACCGCACCGAAGCACCCGCUGACUGACCCCACUCCUCCUCCUCCUCUGGCCUCCCCGGCGGCGCGGGACGACGUGCAGGACGAGAUCACGGCGCACCUCCGCGUCGACGUGAAGCCGUGGAAGACGAGCAAGCGCGACCGGUACGGGAACUGGUCGGAGCCGCACUGGCCGGCGACGCCCCGCGGCGGGCGCAACGCCGACACCACCCGCGCGGGCGCGGGCGCGUGGGUCUCGCGCCGGUUCGUGAGCGAGCGCGCGGAGGAGGCGCGGGACGCGCGCGGCGCGGCUGACAGGGACGCGGAGCGCGAGUGGGAGCGCGAGGCCGCGGGGUGGGGCGCGGCGGCGCAGGAGGGGAAGAGGGGGAAGGUCGAGGUGCACAUUCUGGACAUCGCGAAGGUGGCGAAGCCCCGAGCGCGCUCGAAGCGCUUCGAGGUCGUCGGGGCGGUCAAGAAGGUGAUCGCGCUUGAGGACGAGAUUAUGUCCGCCGCGAAGUCCGAGGCGGGAUGGGAGGACGAGCUCGAGUACGCGGACUUCAAGUCCGACGCGGGCUGGACGGACGACCUCGAGGACUGGCAGUCGGAGGGAUGGGAGGAGCUCGGUGAGGAGCUCGCCCCUCGGCGGAAGGCCCACACCAUGUCCUACGCCGCAGCGCUGUUGCAGUCUGCGGGGUGA